UGACCGAAUCCCACCACGCUCCUCAUCAUGUGACCUGCAAGUCCCAAGAGACAGAGGCUCCAAACAGCAACAAUAAAAACAAGCACAGCAACAAUAUGUGGCUGUCCACUCUGCUGAGCAGCCUGCCUGUGGAGGUGUGUGAGGAGCGAGCGGUGGGCCGGGUGCUGCAGAAGCUGAGGGGUUUUGCAGAGCAGCAGACGAUCAGGGUUCGACCUCACGUCUUCCUGAGGGUGUUGGGGGGUCUUGAGCCCUGGGAGCUCUGUCUGCCCGAGCUGUGUGUGGCCAUCCAGAUUGCCAUGCAGCAUGUGGUCCAGAUGCCCCGGGAGGAGUACGAUGUUUGGCUGCGUUCGAGAGUCACUCUGCCCCCGCAGUGCCACCGUGCCGCUCAUACGCCAGGUGAACCGCACUCAGCAGGAAGACCUGAAAGGAAAGUCACAGACGGGGACAAAUAGAUAAAGAGAACACAAGCACACGCACAAAGGUUUUAAAUUAAUUUGAGGCUGAAAUAGCCUUUAAAGUCACUGGGCAAAAAAUCAUGAGUAUAUAUGAAAUUUGCUUCAGAAAAAUCACAUAACAAGUAACAAAAAAAGCUCAACUGAAUGUUAGAAGACUUAUUAUUAUUAUUAUUAAUAUUAUUAUUAUUAUUAUUAUUAUUAUUUGAUAGUUGCCUGAAGAAAAGGAAUAAGGAAUAAUAAUCAAGACUUUUUAUCUGUGUAAGCCUGUGGUUCACACAUGUGCAGGAAGGUAUAAACAUGGAGAUACAGAUAAACAACAAGGGGGAAAUGGGAAGUAAGACUGGUGCAUACCUUUCACUUCUUCCCUUUAUCAAGACAAUCUACAGUCAUUUGUUACAAAGAGCUGCAAAAGGCCUUCCUGGUUUCUUCCCCUGCAAGUCUCCAGUGGUAGCUCACAGGUUAUAUGUUAGAACUCGUUAGUUCUUAAAUCCUAUGCGGUAAAUUAUUCUAUGUUUGUCUUUGCUAAUCAUGCUGACUACUCGGUUCUUCUUUUAUUUUUUCAAAAAACAAAAACCACUGUAGAUGUUCCUUUCACUGUAGACCCACCCCUUCCUCUUUGCAAGGAAAGACCUACUUGACUUAGUGUUCAGCUUUUUAGAACUGGCGAGGUUGAAUCACUAUCACACACAGUGUUACCUGUCUGUAGUACCUGUCUGUAGAGAGCUGCAUUUCUUUGCAUGAAAAUAUCACAGGCCACUAUUUAAAAUAACAUAAGAUAUUUUUUGCAAAAGGACAAACCUUAAACGCGAUGAUACAAACAGUAGGAUGAUGGAUAAACAAGCCAAUAUACGGACACUCAGUUGUGUUGUUGAACCCAGCUAAACACUCAUUUUGACCUUUAACCUUGCUCCGCCUGCUGAUGGAGGGGGAAAUAAAAGUGCCUGACCCCUGACUCUCCGCCCGCUGGAUAAGAAUAAUGAACUUCAGUUCACUUUUUAUUGCCGCCUUCAGCAUUUUGGUGGAAAUGAAAGUGAAUGUGUCUGAAAUCAUUUCUUGAGACUGUGAAUGUAUGAACCUAAUGUGGUUGAGAUGUAUUUGU